AGGUUGUUUUUUCCUAGUGCGUGGAUGUAAACUUCUAAAGCGAGCGAGUUAUGAACAACUGCCGAUUUUGGUUUCAUCCAACAGAAUGUUAUUGAUUUUUGAAGCGUUUCUGAUGUUAGGAUUGAUUGAAGGAAAGUACAUUCAAGGAGAAUUAAGAACUUGGGAGAGAUGGUCGUUCCUAGCGAGAUUCUGCUUCCUAUCAGAGGACGGACAAUUUGAAUAUCACAUACAAUACGAGAAUGACUAUGCUCCGCAGAACUUGCUUCUGUACUACGACUCAAAGAAACAGUGGUCAUCAAUCUACAAGACAAAUAAGACUUGCGAACAAAAAGAGUCAGUUCUUAGUAGAAGACAAAACCAGAUGAUAUUACUGACUAGUUCUGAUGGCUCUGCUGGCUGUUUUCAUGUGCCCAACUCAAAAGAUUCCGGUAAAAAGAAAUUUACAAUUACUUGCCAAAACUCGAGAAGGUUUCGCAGUGCCAGAGAGAGGUGGUGGUUUAUUGCUAUCAGUAAUUGUAAUUCAACAAAAUUUUUGCAUGCAUGUUGUAAAGCUUAUCGGAUAACUAAAUUGAAAACCCGUUACCAUCAGGGUCUCAGUAUGCGCUACAAACUGAUGAUGACAAAUGGACCUCCAGGAGAUUUUUGGCGGGAGCAUUUCUCAGCAGAUGAGUUUUAUAUAUUGCCAGUGCUAAUCUCAUUCCUUUUGACGUACGUUCUCCUAACUAUUGCUGUGUUUAUGUGCGCAAUGGAACUCAAAUCCAAGCAACUAUUCCACUCCACUUAUAAAAUUUUCUUGUCAUCAGUAGCUCUACAAGGGUUUGGAAUAUUCAACCAGUGCAUAGCCUAUUCACGUUAUGCUAUGGAUGGAGUUGGACUACCAUAUACCAGGGAUCUGGGAAGACUUUUCGAAUCAGCAAGUGAAGUAUUAUUCCUAAUUCUUCUACUUCUUCUAGCCAAAGGCUACACAGUAACAAGAGGAAGAUUAAAGUUGAAUUCCAGUAUAAAACUGACUGUAUUCAUGUGCCUUUAUGUUAUAUCAUACUAUUCGUUAUUUCAGUAUGAAAAAGAGUAUUUUGAUCCUGGUGAAGUGCUCUAUACUUAUGAAUCACCGGUUGGGUAUGGACUGAUUGGUCUUAGAAUAGCAGCAUGGUGGAUGUUUAUAUAUGCGAGCAUUUUCACAUUGAAACAUUAUCCAGAAAAAUCAUCAUUCUACUACCCUUUCAACCUUAUUGCAUCGCUUUGGUUUAUUACUGGCCCAAUUUUUGUCAUUUGUGCAAAUAACUUCAUUGACAAAUGGGUUAGAGAAAGUGUAAUGUGUUUUGUACAACAUUCGAUAGCUGUAACAGGACACAUACUAUUCUUGAUGCUGACUCUACCAAACAAGGCAAAUAAAAACUUUCCGUAUCAUGUACGAACAACACAGAUAGGUGUAAUGGAACUUACUGAUGGAGCUCUAGGUAACAAUACACUAGACCACUUUUGUCAUCAUCCCUAUGCACCUGGAGGGGGGGCAGUUCUACAAGGUCAUAGUCACAAUCAUACUGACUGGAAUGUACCAAUGGAACUGUUCACGAUUAGUAGCAAUAUGUCUGAUAAGUUCGACCAAGACUUGAAGAAAACUAGUCAAGAUAAAGCAAAAGUGUUGACCUGUGUGACUGUUGCUAAAGAAAGUGGACAGAUGCUAUCUCCCGAAGAAAUAUCCAUGAUUCCUGAUUUCACCGCUCCAAGCCGAAAGCAAAGAAGCAUAUAUUCACCUAAUUGAAUGAUCAUAUUAUACAGAGAGUGUCCCGCUAAAGGUGGAUUCUUGUAUCACCAAAGUGUUCUACAAGCAAAAACAAAAAAAAGUUACCUUAGGAGAAUGCCUAUUUCCUCUAAACAAAUCAAUAGUAUGGUAAUGAUAUACAAUGAACUGUAUGUAUUGUCUAGAUAUAAAAUUCUAAAACUCGUGAUUUUUUCAAAUUGAAAACGGAAAGGGAUAUUACAUUAUCUCUAGGGGAAAAUUUUGUUUGUUUUGGCUGGUAGAUCACUGUGGUGAGAUUAAGAUUAGAUUUUUUGGUACACCAAGUAUUAUUAACAACUCUUAUUUUUAUAGAGAAAAUUGUAUUGUGAGUUAAAAUUUUAAAUUGUCAAUUUCUUAUUGCAAUAAAUGAUUCGAGUAACGAUUC